AUGGUUGACAAUUUGGACAAGGCUAUUACUAAGGUGGUUGAAUUGGUUUCAGAAGGUCGUAUUUUGAAGCCAGAAGAUGUCUUGGCCAUGAUCGACGACGUUGACUACUAUGCAGAGGCCGAGCUUGUGUCCAAAAUGGUCGAGGAAACCAAGAAGAAGGGUAUGGACUUUGCUGUUCACUGUAUGGCUUCUGGUAUUAAGAUAGAUGCGCCUGGUGAAGGGUCUAACCCUGUUAUUGAAGAGAUAAGGGACUUCGUUUGGAAGGCUAACGUCGACUUUGCCAAACUGACGAAGACGGUUACGUUUAAGGGUCCUAUUGUUCGCUACGAGUACUCCCGUGAAGUUAAGCAGGGUUGUUACAAUGACUCUAAGUUUAAAGGUCCUCGGCUUACUAGUGGCGGUCUGUCUUUCGCCGUUACACCUUUGAUAAGGCGAGGUAUGUUCAACCAGUUCGAGCAAGAG